CUAAAAGAAAAGAAGCUUUAGAGCAAACCCAAAGUCAAGCAACAAUCCAAACCAGUAGCAUUUCCGAUCACUAUCACUUCUCUCUUAAAAAAUCUUUAAAAAUUCCUCCUUUUUUAGUUUCUGUAAUCCAUAAUAAUUCAAUUAUUACAGAAUAUAUAUAUAUACAUAUAUAAUACUCUAACAAUAAUAAAUACAAUUAUAUCUUCACUCUUUCCAAAACAUCGGAUUUUGAUUCUCUCUUGAAAUUCUAAAUUCUGGGUGUUUUUAUUUGGGAUUUUCUCUUUAAGAUUAAAGAGAGAAAUUGGACUUUCUGUGAAGAUGGGUAAGGUUGUAAUAGUUGCAACUGUGUUAGGAGCUGCAGCAAUUUGUGCCGCUGGUGGGUUAAUUGUGAAUCGUAGGAUUAAAAAUGGGGUUAAAUGGAGUCGUACGAUGGAAAUUUUGAGGGACUUUAAAGAGAAAUGUGGGACUUCCAUUGAGAAUUUGAAGGAGGUUGCUGAUGCCAUGGUUGCUGAGAUGAAUGCUGGUCUUGUUGCUGAUAAUGUUAGCCGUGUUAAGAUGCUUAUUAGCUAUGUCGAUAACCUCCCUACUGGGGAUGAAAAGGGUUUGUUUUAUGCAUUGGACCUUGGCGGAACAAACUUUCGUGUUCUUCGAGUUCAGUUGGGUGGCAAGGAUGGUGGUAUUAAGCAUCAGGAAUUUGCAGAAGUUCCAAUUCCUAGGGAACUGAUGGUUGGAACUUCCGAUGAUCUUUUUGAUUAUAUUGCAAGCGAACUAGCAAAAUUUGUUGCCCAAGAAGGUCCAGAGUUUCAACUUUGUCCCGGCAGAGAAAGAGAACUCGGUUUCACCUUUUCAUUCCCUGUAAUGCAAACAUCUAUUGACUCAGGAACUUUAAUCAAAUGGACUAAAGGCUUCUCUAUAGAUGAUGCGGUUGGAAAGGAUGUAGUGGAGGAGUUAUCGAAAGCAUUGAAAAAACAAGGCGUUGAUAUGCAUGUCACUGCUUUGGUUAAUGAUACAGUUGGUACACUAGCUGGAGGUAGAUUCUCAAACAAAGAUGUCGUUGCUGCCGUGAUAUUGGGCACAGGAACUAACGCAGCAUAUGUGGAAAGUGCCGAAGCUAUACCUAAAUGGCAGGGCCCAUUACCAAAAUCAGGAGAGAUGGUUAUUAACAUGGAAUGGGGCAACUUUCAGUCAUCAAAGCUACCGUUGACAGAUUAUGAUUAUGCUUUGGAUUAUAACAGUCCCAACAGUGGUGAGCAGAUUUAUGAAAAGAUGAUUUCUGGAAUGUACUUGGGUGAAAUUGUACGUAGAGUUCUGUGCCAUAUGGCUGAAGAAGCUUCCUUCUUUGGUAAUACUGUCCCUCCAAAACUGCUGAUUCCGUUUAUUUUGAGGACGCCUCACAUGUCAGCUAUGCAUCACGACUCAUCUCCCGAUCUUAGUGUCGUAGGGUCUAAAAUGGUGGACAUUUUAGAGAUACUGCCCCUUUCGCUUAAGAAAAGGAAAGUCAUACAUAAGCUCUGCAAUAUUGUGGCAUCACGUGGAGCCCGUCUCGCUGCAGCGGGCAUUUUGGGGAUUCUCAAGGUUUUGGGUAGAGACACAUUGUCGAACAGUGAUGAGAAGCAAAAAACUGUUAUAGCCAUGGAUGGGGGAUUAUAUGAGCAUUACACUGAAUUCCGGGAAUGCUUAGAAGAAACAUUGAAAGAGCUUCUCGGGGAUGCAGUCUGGGAAAACAUCUCCAUCGAGCAUGCUAAUGACGGUUCAGGAAUCGGAGCUUCUCUUCUCGCUGCUUCUCACUCACGCUACCUUGGCGUAAAGGAGACUCAAGAAGAUAUUGUAGUCGUUCCGUCAAUGGGGUUCUGAGGUUUAACGAGAGGUCGAUACUCAAUAUACAAGUCUGUAAACUGAUUGGUACUUUUGUUCUCCCUUAUUUUUGACCUCCCAAUGUAAUGAGCACCUGGAUGAGUUCAUAAGAUACGACACAUGGGUGAAAAAUUGAUGCAUAGAAUUUUUAUGAGAGAUCAAUAAUGGGGAGAUGUGCAAUGUUGUAAGAAGUUCAAUUGUUUCCUAAUGGUAUCAAUUAUCAUAACCCUAAAUAAAAGGCCAUUGAGGUGUCUUAUGCUAUAUUUUUGUGUAAAUUUUGAUUGAGCGUGUCGUUGUUUGAUA